AUGGAGGCACAAAGGGUCUGUAGGUCGGUCUGUGGAGAUCUCCUUGAGGUGAAGAAUUUAGAUGAGUAUACGUUGUUGAAAAGGCUUAUAGGACGAACUGGUCGUAUAGAUGGGCUACUGAUAUCUGGAACUGACAAGUACCGAGAAGGGAUUUGGGUGCAUCACACAAACCGGAGACCAUUGACUUACUUGCCCUGGCAUGAAGGAGAGCCAAACAAUUUAAAGGGAAUUGAACACUGCCUCUGCAUUUUGAAAAGAUAUGAUUUCAUGUAUGAUGUAUCAUGUGAUUUAACCCAUUUUAAACUCAAGUUUGCCUGCGAAGUGCCU